AUGUCAGAUUUCGCAAAGUUACUUCAAAAAGUGCCAAUGAUAUGCUCAUCCACCAUCGAUUAUUAUCGUUAUGGACCACCUCAACCAUCAUGGAAUUUGAAGUUUUAUUUGAUGUACAAACUUAUAAAAGAUGGGAUGGCAUCAUCAUCCAGUCAAACUAUCGAAAAUAUUCAAGGAACGUAUAAUACAAAAACAGCUAUCGAUAAUGAUAUAUUUGUAGAUGAGCUGAUAUUGUCAAAUUCACUUCGUAAAAGAUCAGAAAUUUACAUUGAUGAUGUUUUAAAAGAUUAUAAUCAUGUGCUUCUUGAUGAUUGGAGAAUUAUUUUGUAUUUACAUGGUGGAGCAUAUUUUGUAUAUCCUCCUGGUUAUCGUAGUAGUACUUCUAGGAUUGCAAAAUCUACAAAUGCAAGACUUUUUGUAAUAAAUUAUAGACUCGCACCACAAAAUCAAUUUCCUGCUGCUUUACACGACUCAAUAACUGCCUAUAAUUAUCUUAUUAAUCCACCAAAUGAUGCUGAUUUCCUACCAAUUGAACCUAAAAAUAUUAUAAUUAUGGGUGAUAGUGCAGGUGGUGGUCUAACGAUGGCAACAUUACUUGCUAUACGUGACUCAAAAAAAUCAUUACCUUCACCAGCUGGAGCUGUUUUAUGGUCAGCAUGGGUUGACUUAGUUCAUUCAACACCAUCAGCAAAAGACCCAAAAUUUGAAGAAACAGAUUUUUUGACAAGAAAAAAUUUUAAUUGUGCAAUAUCUCCCGCAUGGGAAGAAUUUGAACAAAAAGCAGAAGAGUUAUCAGAAAAGAUUCGGUUAAAUGUUGAUAAUAAACCAAGAUUUUGGCAUAAAUCAUUUGAUUGUGAUGGUCGUUUACAACUUUAUGUGUCUAAUGAAGGAUUAGCAAUUCCAUAUGUUUCUCCAUUAUUUGCUGAAAGUUUGGGUGGUUUACCACCAAUUUUAGUGCAAGUAGGUGAUGUAGAAAGAUUAAGAGAUGAGGGUAUUUAUUUGGCUCAUAAAGCUGCUAACCCAGAAAAGUACAAUUUGCCCAAUUACAAUGCUGAAAAAUUUGAAAGGUCGUCUUAUAAAACACCUACAAAAGUUGUUCUUGAGGUUUAUGAAGAAAUGCCUCAUGUCUUCCAUCUAUUACUGAACCUCCAUUCAUCACCAAAUAUGGCCGUUAAACGAACAGCUGAAUUUAUUGAACAAUUAUUAUCAGGCAAAGAAAAGAAGCAAGAAUUAGAAGUCUUACGUGUAACAAGUAAAGGCAAAAUCAUUGAAGAGCUGAAAGAAGAGCAUUACAAGAUACUUGAAUGUGAAAAUAUUGGCGUUGUUUCAUCUAAUAUUGAAAAGGAUUAUUGUACUAGACCUAACGAUGACAAUGACAAUAAAUUGUAA